CAAAAACAAAAACAAAAACAAAAACAAAAACAAAAACAAAGUUAGGGUCUUUUAAAAAAAGAAAUUAGGGGCAUAUGCAGUCAACGUGCAAACUAUUGAUGUCCAUGUCUCUAUGAGAUAAAAUCAUAGAACCGGAACUGUCUGUUUCUCCUUCGAUGUAUUCUUUGAUCAUCAUUCAUAAGUGAUUCAUCUAUCAACCACAUCUCUAUCUCUCUCACCAAUUCUUGUCCCUCACAAAAAUUUAUUCACUUAAAAAUUAUUCAAACCCCAUUUCACAUUUCAUGAAUAUGAAUAACCCCAUCAAAUUCCAGCUUACAAAGUAUCUUCCUUGGUAAGCAAAUUUUAUUCCUUUCCUUUUCUUUUCUUUUCUCGUUGUUUUGGUUAUUGCAAUCAGAAGAUGAAUUCAGUGAAUUCAACAAAUGGGUUUUUCCCAGAUGAAGUUAUUCUUCACAUUUUAGCAAGAUUACCCAUAAAAUCCCUCUUUAGAUUCAGGACUGUAUGCAAAUAUUGGUACCAAUUGCUGUCUGAUAAGUACUUUGUUCACCUAUUCAAUGAAAUGUCUGCAAAAAGCUCUAUGAUAUUGGUUGAGAUUACUGAGGUUUCUGAAUUUAAAUCUAGCUUAAUUUGUGUUGAUUAUUUGAGGGGUGUGUCUGAAUUUCCAUUGGAUUUUCUGAAAGAUAGGGUUAAAGUUAGAGCCUCAUGUAAUGGGUUGUUAUGCUGCUCAAGUAUACCUGAUAAAGGUGUGUUUUAUGUUUGUAAUCCUAUGACAAGGGAGUUUAAGUUGCUCCCAAAAACUAGGGAAAGACCUGUCACUCGGUUUUACCCUGAUGGUGAGGCAACUUUGGUUGGUAUAGCAUGUAAUUUAUCUGAUAAUAGCAAAUUCAAUGUUGUUUUGGCCGGGUAUCAUCGCCCGUUUGGUUAUAGCCCCACUAAGACAUUCAUAUGCAUGGUAUAUGAUUCGGAUGUAAACAAAUGGAGGAAGUUUGUGACAUUGCAGGAGGAACAUUUCACCCAAAUGAACAGAAAUCAAGUUGUUUUUGUGAAUGGGAUGUUACAUUGGUUGACAGUGAGUUAUUCCUGUAUACUAGUAUUAGAUUUGGAGGUUGAUGUUUGGAGGAAGAUUUAUUUGCCGGAUAAAAUGAGUUCUGGAACGGGAAAUAGGAUGUAUCUGUUGGAAUCAAAUGGUUGUUUAUCGCUGAUGCAGAUUUCUGAUGCUUGGAUGGAUAUAUGGGUUUUGGAGGAUUAUGAGAAACAGGAUUGGAGAAUGGUAGAUAGGGUGAGUCUUAGAUGUAUUAGAGGAUUAGGUCCAGGAAUUUUCCCGAUUAGUCAGACGGGCGAGUGUGUUUUUCUGGCAACACAUAAACAGGUAUUGGUCUACAAUAGGAGCACUGCUGUCUGGAAAGAAAUGUUUGCAGUAAAGAGCAACUCGGCACUUCCUCUGUGGUUCUCUGCGUAUGCUUUCCGGAGUACAAUAUUUUCUUUUCACUAAGGUGCCGGAAAUCAGUGAAUAUCUGUACAUAAAUUUGUAAGCCAAAGUACUACCAAUUCAUGCAUACUGAAAAUGACUUUGGAAUUAGUCACUGUGAUGUUUGUGUUGUACCAUUGAAUGUAAUUUAAACAGUUGUAAAGCUGGUUUAUUUUCCAAAUGCAACAUACAUUUACAUGUCA